GUGCGAUGUGCAAAUGCCAGUGUGCAAGACGGCCAUUGCCAGAAAGCGCUGAGAACGUCAAGAGGAGGACUCGGAGGAGCUUUGACGCGCUUGCAUUGCAAGCGCCAGAUACGAUCUGAACCCAGCUCUUGGGGGACCCUUUGUGUCCGCUUGAUCCCCCUUUCCUUCUGCAGACGCGGCGAUCAAGGCCAACGGCAAACGCUGCGUCCAGCAUGUUGGGGCGGGUGGCUCUGGCGGCCCGCAGCCUUGUGCGUUCCUCGAACACCGCACCCGUGCAGGAUGGAGUUUUUCAGAGGGCAGCACAGUUCCUGCCGGCCUCAGUGGUGACGGCGCAGCAGCAGCAGGACACGCGCGUCCAGAUGGCGGUGCGCGGCGUGGCCCUGUUUGCCGGUGGGGCUGUGGCGCUGUAUGGUCUGUCGGACACCGUGCAGGCGGAUGAGGCGGAGCACGGCCUGCACGCCCCCGCUUACCCCUGGCCGCACAACGGCAUCUUCAGCUCAUACGACCAUGCCAGCAUCCGGCGCGGGCACCAGGUGUACCAGCAGGUGUGUGCUGCGUGCCACAGCAUGAGCCAGGUGGCGUACCGCGACCUGAUUGGCGUGGCGUACACGGAGGACGAGGUCAAGGCGCUCGCGGAGGAGGUGGAGGUGGAGGACGGGCCCAACGACGAGGGCGAGAUGUUCAGCCGCCCCGGCAAGCCCUCCGACUACCUGCCCAAGCCGUACGCCAACGAGCAGGCCGCGCGCUUCGCCAAUGGGGGAGCCUACCCGCCCGACCUCAGCCUUAUUACCAAGGCUCGUCACGACGGACAGAACUACGUCUUUGCGCUGCUGACCGGCUACAGAGAGCCCCCCGCUGGGGUCCACGUGCGCGAGGGGCUGCACUACAACCCGUACUUCCCGGGGGGCGCCAUCGCCAUGCCCAAGAUGCUCAACGACGGAGGGGUGGAGUACGACGACGGCACCCCCGCCACCGAGUCCCAGAUGGCGAAGGACGUGACCACCUUCCUGGCAUGGGCCGCUGAGCCAGAGCACGACGAGCGCAAACUGAUGGGCAUCAAGUGGAUGUUUGUCAUUGCUCUGGUGUACCUCCAAGCCGUCUACUACAAGAGGUGGAAGUGGGCCCCAAUCAAGUCACGCCGACUCAUAGUUGAUGCCGUGAACUAGAAACAGGAGACAAGAGGUUCCACAAGCCAGCUGAAGCGCUUGUGAGUCCUGUGUUGAUACGGUAUGCAUCUCGCUCAAGGGAACAGCGUUUGCAGUAACAUAUGGAGCUUAGUGAACCACACGCACCAAAGAUUCCAAAACCUUUGCCGUCGUCAGAAUCAUUGAAUGAUAUUACUUGCGCAAUAAAACGAUGAACCUCUUCUUCACGCAACCAUCAGACAUGACAUGAAAUCAAGCUGCUAGUUCACACCGUCACAUCAAAAGCAAGGCACCAUCAAACCGGGCACAGUUGUUCCCGGACUUUGAGUCCUACGUAAUACCUUUCUACGUACUUUGAAUCUCAAAUCUAGUUG